AUGUUGAAAGUGGUUAUUUUGUGUAUUUUUUUAACGUUCAGCAAAUUUAGUUUUACCAUGCACACAUUGUCACAUUUAUCGACGAGAAUUCAAGAUCUUUCCAGCCCUUGUCCGGAAUAUUUUGAAUACAAAACUGAGCAUGGGAAUAACCUGUAUGGAUUUUUGAUGGUGGAAAGUGUACCAGAAAAUAACAUGAUACAAAUCAAUAUGGAAUUGUCUAUAGGAAAUAGCGUACAAGGUUUUAAUGGAAAUAUUGAGCUGUUGUACUCUAGAGAAAAAGUGGUGGACGACAUAACCCAUCAUAGACCCAUAGAGUACAAAGUUAUUUUUCCAUAUUGGAAAAAUAUUCCCCCAAAAGUCACUAAAAUAUAUGUUAACGGACAUUUAGUUUGUCAAGGGCCAAAGAUUGAAAUAAAUACUGUGCCGGUUUUAACCACCAUUAAUUUGCAGCAUACUUUAACAAUAAACAGUUUGCCUUUAUCCAAUGACAAUUCCAUACCAACUAAAGAUAGGUUCGAUCGACCGUCGACGUCAGAGAGACCUCAAGGUAACAAUUUUUUCGAAAUUAAAGUACCAAACAAUAUAAACUUUAACCCGAAACCGCCCGAUAACCCGGACUCAAUAUUCCGGGGGAAUCCGUUUUUGAAUCCAAAAAAUUUCAAUAAAAAACCAAUAGUUGCAGUUACCACAAAUCCAGCGUUGCCAGAUUUAAACAAAAACCCGUUUUUAACACCCAUAUUGAACGACCGAAAUAAACCGGAAAUUGUCGUCACCACCCAGAAAUCCACAGUGCUACCAACGUUAACAACAACAGAGAAAACCAACGACAACAAAUUUUCUGAAAUUUGCGGUCGACCUGUGGCAACUAAUUCCUUAAUCGUAGACGGCUUAGACGUUCCUAAAGGCGCUUAUCCAUGGCUAAGUGCCAUUUUCAGGGUACAAAAUACCGGACUUACGUACAUAUGCAGCGGAAGCCUUAUUUCCAACAGACACGUGGUCACAGCUGCACAUUGCAUGCAAAAAGACUCGCGCAACGUCAAACCUCAAGACCUGUUGAUAAUUCUGGGAAAAUUGAACAUAGCCAAGUGGAAACCUCUGCCAGGAGAGAAAAUGAUCGAACCUGAAAGUUUACACGUUCACCCGAAUUACGCGUCAUCAAAUAGUGACGCAGACAUCGCCGUCAUCACUUUAAGCGAAAUUUUGACGUUUUCAGCACUAAUUAUGCCUGUUUGUCUGUGGCGGGGACCCGACAACCUAAACCUAGUUGUCGGAAGUGAUGGGGUGGUAGCUGGCUGGGGAAAAAACGAGGAGGGUUUAAUUUCCACCGCGGAACCGAAACAAACUUUUUUACCAAUCGUCGACCAAGAAACUUGUUUGAGAUCCUCGCACCAAUUUCAAUACAUAACCUCUAACAGAACGUUUUGUGCAGGCAGUCAAAACGGGAAAGGUCCAUGUAACGGCGAUUCGGGAAGCGGCUUGAUAAUCAAGAGGGAUCAAGUCUGGAUGUUGCGGGGGAUCGUUUCGAUGUCGAUAUCGGACACGCAUUCGAGAACUUGCGAUUUGAAUCAUUACGUUGUUUUUACGGACGCGAGCAAAUUUCACUCGUGGUUGUAUUCUUUUAUUAUACCGUCCGUGUGA